AUGAGCCUAGUAGAAAGGAUGACUUUGGAUAUUAAUCGCAGAGAACUGAUUAAAAAGGAAAUUGAGUCGAGAUCUGAUUUAACAGUUAGAACAAGCAGUCCUAAUAGUGGAGCAGUUUUUGGAAGGCUUAUUGAUGAUACCAAUCGAAGAAAUCUAGCUUCCAAGAAAUUGGAGAUUUUUGUGGAAAAAUGUGAAGAAGAAAAAGCUCCAAUUAAAAAAUACGCUGCCAGCGAAGAAGCGAAUCAAGUCUAUAAUCGCCUGAUAAGAGAUGCUCGAUAUAGAAAAGAAAGCUAUGAAACCAGAGAAAAAAUAGCAAAGCUUCAAGAAGAGUCAGAAAUGUCGAUUCAGACUGCGAAAUUACUUGAUAAGAAAAAGGCGGAAGAGUUGAUUAAAAGGUUGAAUGAAGCUGCAAAAAUCAGAGAAGAAAAAUUAAAGGUGAAAAGAGAACAAAAGGAAGAAAAUGAAAUCAGUGAAGCAGUUAGGAUGGCAAAUAGAUUGCAUCCUAAACGAGAAUUAGACCAAAAAGUAAUGGAAAGGCUGACAAGAAAUAAAGAAUCAAGAGUCGAAGAGGGCUCAAGUAAUGCAGGAUAUAAAAAAGUGCUUAGUAUAGAAGAAGCAAUGGCUUCUGGAGAAAGAUUGACAAGUGCAAGAUCAAGCAAGCCGCCAAGAGCAGAAAUUUCAAGCCAAAAGAAAAAGUUGAAGAAAGUAAAUAGUGGAGAAUUGGAGAGUAUCUGCCAAAGAUUAUACAGCAGUAGAUCUUAUACACCUUCAAACAGGUCACAAAUCGAUAAGCCUAGUCCAUCAAUUUUCCAAAAAAAUAAAAAGCAGCUAUUAUUAAUACCAAGAAAGUCAUAUUAUAAAUCCAAGUCUAAGUCUCCAACUCGGUCUAUUAAUAUUGAGCAAUCAAAAUGUUCAGGUGAACUUCAAAUUAUGUCAGAAACUAGCCCUGAAAAUGCAAUUCCAAAAGCUGAGCUGCUAAAUGCUGCAAAUGGAUACUUUGAUGUCAAGGAAAAGCCAUCUAUCAAGCAAAAAAUCAAUUUACUAGUGCCUUCUUCAAGUAGUCAACACUUCAUGAAUCAAAGAAGUCCUGAAAGAGGCAGACAAAAAGAAAAAAUUCCUCCUUCUAUCAAAGAUGAAAGAACACCGAGUCCAAUAAAAAAUCCUCCGAUCCCAAUUUCUUAUUCUAAGCUUGACCUCAAUUUGCCUUCAGCAUCUUCAAUUGCCAGUCCUUCAUGCAUGAAUUUCAGGCUGCAGCCUAAAACUUCUAGAGUUUCUGAUCUAUAUGAUCUUUUUCAACAAGAGAAUAGUGGAAAAGAUUCAUCAAGCCAUAAAAAACAGCAAUUAGCUGCUACUGAUGAGCCACUAUCUGGAAGAAAUACUCAAACUUCUUUAAUUUCGCUUGAUUUGCAUGGGGUUAGUUUGGAAAAUGAAAGAAAAGAUCAAAAAGUCGAGAAGAAAUUGGAUAAUGGAAACUGGAACUUCUCAAAUAUCGUUAAGUCAGAGCUUGGAAUAAUCGCUGGGAUUGAAAAAUCAGAUGAAGAAAAAUCAAAAAUUGGGUCUGCCAGAAAGGGAGCUUCAUUAGAUCCUGGUAAAUUAAGUCCAAGAAUAUGUUCGCAAAAAUUUUCAGAAGAAUCAUUGUACUUGAUGAAAAACCCUCUUAAAAUUGGCACACAAAAAUGCUCACCAAAAAAAUUCGACAAGAAAAAUGCGAUGAACGACUAUCGUUUUGUUAUUGGAAUGAAAGAAAAUGGUGAAUUUAUUUAUGAUGAACCUGUAAAUUCGAAAAAUAAUUAA